AUGCUCGAUAUGUCGCAAUCGUUCCUCUUUGCCGUAUUCCUUCUGAUAUCGUGCAAUGUUCAACCCGGAUUUUCUGCUCCACCGGCGUGUGCUGCCGGGGUCACAUGUCCUCCAGGAGGGUUUUGGAGUGAAUGGGCCUACAGCGGAAACGACACGGACUGUGCAACACCGUGUGGCUCCUGCUCCACACGAUUACAAACAAGAUACUGCCUAAGUGACCAUCUGAACUGCAAAUGCUCUGGGGCUUCUUCGAGAGAAGUGCCAUGUAACAUGGAUGUGUGCAUGAGUCCAGCUCAACGAUCUUGCUGUAUUCCAUACGUAGCCAUGGCAAUCGACGGCAAAUUUCAGUGUGGCCCAUUUGCUGCAAAAACGGAAGCUCAAUGUUGUCCAGUGGGUGGAUUGUGGAGUGAAUGGUCCUCUUAUGGACGAAAUGACGCAAGGACGGCGUACAUUCGAACUCGACACUGUCUGUCAGAAUCGUCCGGAUGUCCAUGCAAAGGAGCUGAUAUCGAGAAUAGCACCAAAUGUCCAUGCAAGACAUUAGCAAAUGAGAUUACAUGUGGUAAUAGUGAAAUUCAGCCAUACAACUAUCCAGUGUUUGACAUCAACGACGAAGACUGUGUCGGUGAAGCAAUGUUCGAAAGAAGUGAUGCCACCGGAAUUGCAUAUUGCUCAAAAAUAAACGGCACGUUGUUAGCAGCAUAUGCGUUUAAAACUCCUGAUGGAAAAUGUCUCUACGAUCAUGCUCAUCUAUGCGUUUUUUACUCAUCUCGGUACCGACAAAUAUUCACUUGCGAUUUGGACACAUUGGAGUGGAGAUACGACCAUACUUCCGAUCAUAUAACUUCAUAUAAUCAAUAUAUUUACCGCAAUCCGGAUCUUUGUUAA